GUUCGCAUCUUCAACACGGGAGGGAGCCACCUCACCGAGGGGGGCACGAGUAUCGCGCAAGCGGCUUGGGACCGUUGACCAAUGAGAGACACACACACAGCAAGCAGCGUUACCUGCCAUGUCUAGGCAAGCUCGUCGAACUCGAACUCAGUAUUCGGUCUUCUCAGUUGUAUUAACUAGUCGUUAAUAAACGCUUUCAUAACAUGGUGUCAGAAACUGAACACGAAAACGCUCGCACGUGAAGUCAAGACCGAUGUGAGUCGCACGGCGCAAGAGUGAAGGCAAGCGAAGACCGGCAGCGCAGAAAAUGGCGGAAGAAAGCGGCACCGCUACUACGCAGCAGUCGGGCGGGAGUUCGAACGUCCAACUUCCCAUGCCGGGAGGGGUCUUCGCAAGUUUGCUGCCUCCUCCGAAGCCACUCGACAUGUCCGGAGACCUGGAGACAUCCUGGAGAACAUGGUGGGACGAAUUUAAGUUGUUCUCAACCGCCACUGCUCUGAAGUCGCAAGACGCCGAAGUACAGGCCGCGACGUUCCUAGUCGUCGUAGGGGAAGACGCCAGACGCGUCUACAAAACGUUUACGUUCGAAAACCCAGGUGACGAACUGCGAGUUGAGAAAAUAGCGGAGCUUUUUGAAAAGCAUUGCAAGCCUGCUAUCAACGUGAGCUAUAGGGACUUUGUAUUCGGCACACGGAACCAGCAUGACGGCGAACGAUUCGAUGACUGGCUUACCGAGCUGCGUACGCUGGCGAAGCAGUGCGAUUUUGGCGAGCUACACGACCGCAUGUUGCGAAGUCGAAUCAUUCUUGGAAUGACCAACAAGCGACUGCAACAACGCCUCAUCAACGACGAUCCGACUUUGGAACAAGUGAUUCAAAAGGGCCGCAUGGAGGAACGUGGAGCCCUACAGUUCAAAGAUAUCCAAGCUGGAGCAUCGCCUGCCGUUGUACAUGGACUCAAGUCCGAGACAUGCCCUCAAUGUGGAUACUCUACGCACACAAGCGGAACAUGUCCUGCCAAAGGUACGAAGUGUAAAAACUGUGGUCGGAGGAGACAUUUUGCUCGAGUGUGUCGCGCGAAGAACGACCCACCGAAAAAUAGAGCGUCACCACGGAAGAAUGUUCGCAAUGUUGAACAAUGCAAAUCUCCAAGUUCCAGCUGCGAAGAAGAGAAGUUGGUUUGUGGUCUAUCCAACAGUGUUGGUGAUGAACAGUUCUGGAGAGCUGAAGUCAGAGUUGCAGGAAAGGCAGUUGACUGCAGGGUGGACACAGGAGCAAACUAUUCUCUUAUGUCUGCAACGCAACUGCGACGAGUCACGAACCAGAAACCGCAAGCAGUCACUACGAAAAUAGGUUCGUUCUUUGGCCAUGUCAGCAAAGCGGAAGGCCGCAUUAUGCUGCCAGUCGCCCAUGGCAACCAGAGUACCGACGUACAGUUCUACAUCGUGAAACGGGAAGUACCCACAACGAUAAGCGGUACCAUUGCGGAACGACUGAACCUGAUCAAGCGAGUGGCGUCAGCGGAAAAGCACUGCAACCAGACUGUAAAAGAACACGAGGACGUCUUCCACGGACUUGGUGAAAUCAAGGGUGUCAAGUAUCACAUGAAGCUCAAGCCAGAUGCUCAGGGUGUUACGCAACAGCCACGUACAGUCCCAGUAGCCAUCCGAGACCAGCUGAAAAGCCACCUAGAUGACCUCGUGCUACAGAAGGUGAUUGCACAAGUGACAGAACCAACAGAGUGGGUCCACCCAAUCGUGGUUGUGAAAAAGAAGGACAAACUCCGACUGUGCAUAGAUCCACAAGAGCUCAACAAGCUUCUCAUGCGAGAAAACUACUGUAUGCCUACACUGGAGGACAUAGCAGCACGACUGGAGGGAGCCAAGUUCUUCUCGACGCUCGACGCAGCCACGGGGUUUUGGCAGAUCAAGCGAGACACACCGAGUUCGUACCUCUGCACAUUUGCAACACCGUUCGGGAGAUACAGAUUUCUCCGAAUGCCUUUUGGCAUAUCGUCAGCUCCCGAGGUGUUCCAGAAGACUAUGCAUGUGGUGUUUGAAGGUCUCGACGGAGUUGAAAUCAUGGUCGACGACAUUCUUAUCUGGGGAAGGACAGAAGUGGAGCAUGACCGUCGACUGCAAGCCGUGCUGCAGAGGUGUCGUGAGGUCAACCUCAGACUGAACAAAGAGAAAUGCAAGUUCUCUCAAAGCCAGGUGAAGUACUUGGGACAUAUCUUGUCACCUGAGGGACUCUCGAUUGACCCGACGAGAGUACAAGACAUCCUUGCGCUCCCAAGACCAUCAAAUGUGGGGGAACUGAAGAGCUUCCUAGGAGUCGUGAACUACCUUGGCAAGUUCAUCCCGCACAUGUCCGACACAAGUGCACCGUUAAGGCAACUCUUGAAGAAAGAGGCGGCCUGGUCCUGGACAGAGGAGCACGAUAAAAGCUUCACAGCGUCGAAUAGACUCGUCAUUCCAGAAGAAAUGAAGAGCAGCAUCUUGGCAAGGCUUCACAAAGCUCACAGCGGAGUAGAGAAGACGCUCCAUCGUGCUAAAGAAGCUCUCAACUGGCCUGCAAUGCAGAAUGACAUCAAGCAGGUGGUAGAAAAUUGCAGUGUGUGCAAGGAACACAAGCCGAGGCAACAGAAGGAGCCACUGGUGAACCAUCCAGUGCCAACCGCACCCUGGCAGAUUGUUGGAGUGGACUUGUUUCAGCACUCGGGACACCACUACAUUGUGUUGGUGGACUAUUACUCUUUUUUCUAUGAAGUGCACCAGCUUCAAAGGUCCACUGCCAAGACAAUAAUCAAAUGUUGCCUGGCAACGUUUGCUGUGCAUGGUCUACCUGUCAGGAAAAGAGCCACACAAGGAUACAACCAGUAUUACUACUCUUAA